AUGUGUCCCCUCCCCAGGGCAGACUGGGAAACUCCGCAUGUCUACUAUGAGGCUUGGUGUCACCAUGGCCAAGCUCUGCAAUGCUACAAAUGCAAUCUAGGCAUGUGGGGCUCGUGCAUAACCCGUAAAGACGAUUGUACAAAUGGAAGCCUUUGCUUCAGUGGUGUUGGGAGGGCAGCCGGCUUCGUGGAUUUAUAUAAGAAGGGCUGUCUUGUGAAGCGUAGGUGCAACCAGACCAAUGAGUGGAAAUUGACCGACAACUCCAACUACCGCUUCUGGAGCAUAACCAGGACGUGCUGCAACACUGACCUCUGCAAUGCAGCGCCCGGUCUGCCCGGGGCCUCCGGGCUCAGCCUGGCCCUCGCCACCAUCACUGCUCUGCUCAUGGCCCAAGUCCUGGUUUGA